AUGGCUGCCCGCACAAAGGCACCCACUGUAGGGUCCGCUGGAUGGAUCCUCGAGGAGCGCCAUCAAUCCAACACGCUUGUAUCCCAAGAAUUGGAGGAUUUUGGCUUCUCUGUGCGCAACGAGCUGGAAUGGCUCAACGAGCACAUGUUCGACAUUUUGGCCAGCGACAGACCACACAACCUCGAUGUCUUCAAGACACCCGGCAAAUUACGCGGCAAGACGCCUCGCACCGCGCGAAAGAAGGCGGUGGAUCGCCAGCCUCUUGCCAGCAUCAAGUCUGCGAACGCGCAGAAACGCAACAGCGCCGCCGAAGAGAGUCUACGAAACGUCAAGGCUAGAUUCCAGAUCGCCGAAGACGCAGAGAACACGGUUCGCCAAUCGCCUACCGUUACCCGCACGCCCAUCGCGCGACAGCUGUUUACUAAGCCCGAGAGCGCCGGCAAGGAGAACGUCGACACUAGCUUCCAAGCAAAUGUAUUCGAUAAGCGCCCAGCACAGCCUCUUGCACCAGCAUGGAACCCUGUCCAGUCCUCGCAAGAGACGGUAAUGACUUCAGAAGCCAGCGAGGUCUUCUCACCGCCACAGAGCUUCUCAACACAACCCACACAGCCCACUCAAUCCUUCCGUCAUUCGAUACACGAAAAAGAAGAAGACCGCGACACUGGCGAUUCUUUCGUCUCCGCGAAUGAGGCUUUCGCGAGCAAGAAUGCCUCGCGGGAAGCUUCGCGCGCAAAAGACGCGGACGCGGAUGCGAUGGAAGUGGAUGACGAAUACAAGGCUGACCGCUCGCGAUCUGACGCCGAUGGUACCAUGAUUCACCAUGACCUUUCCGACGCAGAGGAUCACAGCAUGGAUGAUAUGGAGGACUUCCCAGAGCCACCACGCGUAGUUUCCGAACAGUACAGCAUCUCCGCCGAGACCCACGACGCGCUUGACACAGCGAACAACCGCGCUCUGGCGCCUGAGCCGAAGAACAUCUACGCGCCCGACCACUCGACCACGCCCUCAGGCCCGCCGCCUGCGUCCCCAGAACUUGAGCACAACGAUACCCUCAUCCAUCAUGAUAUCGAUGAUCAAAUGGACAUGGACGAUGAUGUGCGCUCUCCUUCAGACAACUCUAGCCCUGUAAAGCCGCUCGUUAGGAAAAGCAGUCUUACCUUUGCCUCCCUUCCCGCACGCGAGCCAUUGCUCCCGAAGAAGAGUAUGGGCAACCGAGUGUCGCGCAUUAGUCACAUCGACCAGAGCAAAGCCCGCAACAGCCACAUGGGAAGAUUCACAGGAGGAAAGAGUUUGGGAGGCUCGCAGCUCGCGCAUCCUGCGGAGAUACAACACGCCGAUGACUCAGAUGUGGACAUGGAACGCCCGGAGCUUCAGCGAGAGGAAUCGGAGACAACGAAGGUUCACAACAAGACCUCGACCCAGCGUCUGUUCGAGCGAAUCAACAUGCUCAAGCAGCAGAACGAAGCGCCGAAGCGCAUCAGCCAGAACAUCACUUCUGCGCAGUCGCAGCCUCAGGAACCCACACAAGCAAAGGAAGAGGUGGCACCUGUUCAGACUUCACAGCCAGCGUACCCGAGCCUCCCAGCACCCGAACCCGCACAAGAGGACGACGACGAUGACGACUGGAUCUCGCCGGUUCGGACAGCAGCAGUCGCACCCAAGGUCGCUAGGCCUGCUUUUAACAAGAGCCAUACUGCUGACGUCCAGACCUCUCCAGGUAGGCAUGUGCCGCCCAAGCUCACUUCAGUCUCAAAUCCGGAUCUCACAGCAGUUGCUGAAUCAACCACGCCGGUUGGCUCUCCGACUAGUAAGAAAUACAUGGAUGGCCCCCUCAGUGCUUCGAAAUCUAAACUGUAUUCAGCAUUCCGCGCAGCGAAAGAGAAGCUCAUCGGAUCGAGUGCUACCAGCGCUCAGGUGAAGAUGGAUGCACUCAAGGAGAGCCCUGCUAGGCCCAAGUUCCCCUCUUCAGAUCCAUCAGAAGAUGCCCUAAGCAGCCCCAAGCGCGCAGAGAGGCCGGCCACUAUCUUCACUCAUAUGCGCUCACCUUCCAAGGACUCUAUCAAGUCCGGUAAGAGUGCUACCAUGCCCGGUAGCCCACUAAAGGGAGACGGUCGACGGACUCGCAGCUCCACUGAACGCGAGAAGCAGAAGGAGAAGGACGCGAGAGAGAAGGAAAUGAGGGAGACCAAGCAACAACAGCGUGCUGAGGACAAGCUCAGGCAGAUGCGCGAGAAGGAACAAAGCAAGGCUGCUGCACAUGCCCAGAAGGCCAGAGCCAUGGGCGCAAAGACACCGACCGCGAUGUCGUCGCAAUCAAGUCUGAGGCAACCCACUGCAUCGGCUGCGAGUAAGACACCAGCACAGGCAGCACCGCAACAGCCCGUGUCUCGGCCUGGUAUCCCUCGAUCAAACACUGCUUCCUCCAGGGAGCAAGACGUGGACUCCGGCGACGAAAUGCCACCACCGCCACCUCCGAAGAGCCUGUUGCCUACCACUAAGACGACAAAGGCACCUCUUCGGGAGCCUAGGAAACUUGCCAAACCAUCAAGCAAGGAUGCUAUUACAAAGGCGAAGGCACCUCAGAAGAUUAUGGUCAAUCUCAAGAGCAGCCAGUACGGACAGGCACCUCCCCCUGCUGCUCGUCCGGCUCCGUCGUCUAGCAAACCUCUCCCAUCGGCUCCUCAGAACUUGGGAAAAUCUGUGGGACCUUCAUCAAGGCCUCCUACAGCCGCAGCAAACCGCCCAGCUUCAGCUUUGUCUACUAAGUCUGCACCCGGAACCAAGUCUGCAAGGCCGAUCUCUAAGCCUCCCGCGCCUCAAGCCGCCCGCCCGCAAUCUGUGGUUGAAAAGCCCAAGGCUUCGACGUCACAACCACCGCGCUCUGAUCUUGGAGCCGCCCGACCUAUAUCUCGCCUACAGACAGUUCAGGAUGCGAACCGCAUCAACAUUCCUCCUGUCAAUCCUGCAAAGCCCCCUCCCAAGCGACAGUUCCCAGGCGAAAGCGAUGAGACCCUCCAUCGCCCAGCGAAACGACCUUCACAACAGGCGAAGAACCUCAACCCAACUACACCAGCGCAUGCUCAGUUUGCGAAGGGCAAGAUUCCAUUCGCGGAGUCCGCAUACCAACCCCAAUCCCAGGCACCCACGAUACAGUACCCCAACGGAGAUGACAUCAAGCUGCCUGAGAUUAUGACCGACUCGGAAGACGAAGACUCUGAGAACGAGUUCGAGCAGCCCAGCUGGGUUAACACCCCCAACCUUCGCGAGAUGCUGAGCAAUCAACAGCUCAUGGAUCCCGAGCACAUCUUCGGUCCCAUUGCACCGCUGGAGAUGGAAAAGGUCUUCCCCAACAAGGAGCGCCACAAGCGUUUCCGCGAGCGCACCAGCAGCGCCUACUGGGCCAACGACGAAGUCACAGCCGAGGAGAAGCGCAAGGAGCGCGAGGCGAGAGAACGCCUCGUUCGCGAUGGCGGAUGGACAUACAACCCCUCGCCCCUUCCCAAACAAUCCGGCUCAUCCCGUUAA